GCCGGGAAGGGGCGGAGGGCCCGGCGGGGCGGCGGCAGCAGCAGGUGCCGCGGGAGGGACCAUGGCGGCGGGGGACCCGGAGCAGGCGCGCUACUGCGGGCGGCUCUCCUAUCUGUGCCUCAAGCUCACCCUCAUCACCUACUCCACCACCUUCUGGGUGAUCGGAGCCCUUGUCCUCGCCGUCGGGAUUUAUGCAGAAAUUGAAAGACAGAAGUACAAAACUCUAGAAAGUGCCUUUCUAGCCCCAGCAAUUAUUUUAAUACUUUUGGGCAUUAUAAUGUUCCUGGUAUCCUUUGUGGGUGUCCUGGCUUCUCUAAGAGACAAUUUAUGCCUUCUGCAAGCAUUCAUGUACAUCCUUGGGAUCUGCCUGCUGAUCGAGCUGACAGGGGGAGUGGUGGCUCUGAUCUUCAGGAACCAGACAAUCAAAUUUUUGAAUGAUAACAUCAGAAGAGGAAUUGAGAAUUACUAUGAUGAUUUAGACUUCAAGAACAUCAUGGAUUCUGUUCAAAAGCGGUUUAAGUGCUGUGGUGGGGAGGAUUAUAGGGAUUGGUCCCAAAAUGUGUACCACGACUGUGGAGCUCCAGGACCUCUGGCCUGUGGGGUGCCCUACACUUGCUGCAUCAGGAACAAGACAGACAUUAUCAACACCAUGUGUGGAUACAAAACCAUCGACCAAGAGCGCUUGAGCGUCCAGCAUGUCAUCUACGUCCGAGGGUGCACGAAUGCAGUGCUCAUCUGGUUUUUGGACAACUACAGCAUCAUGGCUGGCGUGCUGCUGGGCAUAUUGCUGCCCCAGUUCCUGGGUGUGCUGCUGUCCCUGCUGUACAUCACCCGGGUGGAGGACAUCAUCACGGAGCACAAGCUGAGCGAGAGCCUCUUCGAAGACACGCGCCACAGAUCUGCCCCCGAGUUCACCGGAGCCGGCUGCUGCAUGUGCUACCCGGGGUGAGCUGGGGAACCUGAAACGCAGCUGAAGCCAGGCAAAGCCAGCAGUUUCAGUUGGUGCUGGCUGCUCCAGACUGUGGGGGUGGCAAGCCGGCCAGCAGCCGGGGCUGGGUGUGCCCCAGGACACACCGGAGAGGCCCCGCGCUGCCGGCGGGGUUGCGGUGCUGCCGCUGUGGGGUCUGUGGAUCAUUAAAUCUCCUUUUGAGUGAUUGCAGAGUGAGAACAGCCAAAAAAAAAACUGCUCUGAUCUGAAGAUGGGAAGAUCUGAACGUCGAUUUCUAGCAAGUGUCUUUGCAUCUUGGGAUGUUGUAUUUAAGUGUUUGUCCUUUCCCAACUUUAUUUUCUUACUCCUUCCAAGAGAGAUUUCUUAGUGAUCCAAAUGGUGAAUAUUAAACAUGUUUAAUAAUGGGUUUUUAUGCUAAUCAUGAUGAAUCUACUGACAAUAAUGGAUGUGAUGAUGAUCGCUUUCAUUGCUCAGUCUUCUGUGCCUUUUAAUCAUGGGGCAAAUGCCAAUGUCAAAUCAGUCAGGUAAUGCUUGAUAUAUUUUUUAAGGCAAUUUAUUACAGUCUGGCUUUUGUAUAAACUUACAGGAUGUUUGAGUCUUGGAUGUACUGUAUUUUUCCCCUCUAAUAAAUUAACUAGAUGAUUGAUGACUUUCUAUUUUUUUUGAGUUCUGUAUGUCAAGAUGUUUCUAAAAUAAUUUGUCAAAAUAAAAGUUGUUUUUCUUAAAAAAGGAAAGCACAUA